GAGCGCCGCCAUUUUGCAGGAAGAGGGGUGUCCGGGCCUGUCAGCGGGGGGAGAGCAGCGUCUGCCAUGGCCAAUGUGCUCUGUAACAGAGCAAGAUUGGUCACCUACCUGCCAGGCUUUUAUUCCUUGCUCAGAAGAGUUGGGAAUGCCAAGGCUUUUUCCACUGCAGGAUCCUCUGGCUCAGAUGAGCCUCACGUGGCUGCUGCACCUCCUGAUUUAUGUCCCAGGACGGUGUGGCCGGACGAGCUGAUGGGGCCCUUUGGGCCGCAGGACCAGCGCUUCCAGCUGCCAGGGAACAUCGGCUUCGGGUGCCACCUGCAUGGCACUGCCAGCCAGAGAGCCCAGCCCGCCCAGAGCCUGCCCGACCUCCUGGCCGAGCCCUCGGCCAGCGACAGGCACGAGUUCGUCGUGGCCCAGUACAUCAACGAGUUCCAGGGUUCUGAUGCUCCCCAGAAGCAGCAGAUCAAUAAUGCUGAAACCUACUUUGAAAAUGCCAAGGUGGAAUGUGCAGUGCAAGCCUGUCCUGAGCUGCUGAGAAAAGACUUCCAGUCGCUGUUCCCAGAGGUGAACCCGCAGCGCCUGACUGUGCUCACUGUCACCCAGAAGAGCCAGCAUGACAUGAGCGUGUGGAGCCACGAGGUGGAGGAGGAGAGGGAGAUGCUCCUGGAAAACUUCAUCAGUGGUGCCAAGGAAAUCUGCUAUGCAAUUUCUUCUGAGGGCUACUGGGCUGAUUUCAUUGAUCCAUCCUCAGGACUGGCAUUUUUCGGGCCUUACAGCAACAACCCCCUGCUGGAGACGGACGAGCGCUACCGGCACUUGGGCUUUGCCGUGGACGACCUGGGCUGCUGCAAAGUGAUCAGGCACAACCUCUGGGGCACCCACGUGCUGGUGGGCAGCAUCUUCACCAACGCUGAGCCCGACAGCCCCAUCAUGAGGAAACUCAGUGGCCACUGAGCCCUCCCUGCAGCUCCCUCAGCCUCCUGCUGCCAGCUCGGAGCUCUCGGGUGAUUCUCCCUCGGUACCGCCAGGGCUUCCUCACUUCCAAGUGUUCUUAGAGAAUAAAAGUAGCUGGUAUUUAUUUCUAGUCUUUUGGGAAUGUGUGUUCACCACGUGUGGCUUGGAAUGUGGAUUGACAGCGUUGAGAAUCAGAGGGGUGAUCAUUUCCUUUUUAAAUCCUCCGUGUUCUCUUAUCUCGACGAUUCUGUCCUUCGCUGGUCGAUUUAGUACUCGGAAUGCUCUGAAAAUGCCACUGAAAUUCCCAACAAAUCUGCCAUUCCUGAAAUUAGGAACUGGCAAAAGAAAAAUUGAAUUAGUCAUAAAAUUGUUCUCCCAGAAUUCAGAACUUAAUAAAAUCUGGGCUGAUCACUCAUUUGCUGUUGGAAAAUGAGAAUGAGGUCAACUUCCAGUGGUCUCCAUAAAAAGUCCUUAAUUACCCUGGAAUUACUCAUCUCUUAUUGUUUUUUGUCUUCAUGGUGCUUGGGAUUUAUUUUCUCAGUAUUAGCUAAAUAUAUUUAAUUAGUUUAUAUACCUAAAUGUAAUUUAAAGUUGCUUUUGUAACUUUCUUAGGUCAUUAAAUAC